GUCCGCCGAGCCAUGUCGUUGAGCCCCAAGCACACGACGCCCUUCUCCGUGUCCGACAUCCUGAGCCCCAUCGAGGAGACCUACAAGAAGUUCGGCGGCGCCAUGGACGGCGCGCCGCCCGGCCUGGGGGCGCCCCUGGGGGCCGCGGCCGCCGCCGCCUACCGCGCGCCGCCGCUCGGCCCCUCCUCGCAGGCGGCGGCGGUGGCGGGCAUGCAGCCGCCGCACGCCAUGGCGGGCCACAACGCGGCGGCGGCGGCCGCGGCGGCGGCCGCGGCGGCGGCGGCGGCCGCCACCUACCACAUGCCGCCGGGCGUCUCGCAGUUCCCGCACGGCGCCAUGGGCGGCUACUGCAACGGCGGCCUGGGCAACGUGGGCGAGCUGCCCGCCUACACCGACGGCAUGCGGGGCGGCGCGGCCGCCGCGGCCACCGGCUGGUACGGCGCCAACCCGGACCCGCGCUACUCGUCAAUCUCCAGGUUCAUGGGACCAUCCGCGGGCGUGAAUGUGGCCGGCAUGGGGUCGCUGACGGGCAUCGCGGACGCAGCCAAGUCCUUGGCGCCGUUGCACGCGGCGGCGGCGGCGCCGCGAAGGAAGCGCCGCGUGCUCUUCUCGCAAGCGCAGGUCUACGAGCUGGAGCGGCGCUUCAAGCAGCAGAAGUACCUGUCGGCGCCCGAGCGCGAGCACCUGGCCAGCAUGAUCCACCUGACGCCCACGCAGGUCAAGAUCUGGUUCCAGAACCACCGCUACAAGAUGAAGCGGCAGGCCAAGGACAAGGCGGCGCAGCAGCUGCAGCAGGAGGGCGGCCUGGGGCCGCCACCGCCGCCGCCACCGUCCCCGCGCCGCGUGGCGGUGCCCGUGCUGGUCAAGGACGGCAAGCCGUGCCAGAACGGUGCCGGCACUCCGACACCCGGCCAGGCCGGACCGCAGCCGCCGGCCCCGACGCCGGCGCCCGAGCUCGAAGAGCUGUCGCCCAGCCCGCCAGCGCUGCACGGCCCGGGAGGCGGUCUGGCGGCCCUGGACGCGGCGGCAGGGGACUACGGCGGCGGCGUGCUCGGCGCCAACCUGCUCUAUGGCAGGACGUGGUGA